GCUAGAGAGAAAAAGAUGCUGAUCAUUUUUUCAAUAAUUUUUUCUUCGUGGUGAAAAAAAAAAUAUCCGAUAUACGAAACAAAAUUCCUGUGAACAUUUCACUAAUCAUCAUCAUCAUCAUCAUCAACAUUUGGAUAUUAUGGACAACAGUAAUAGUAACAGCAGCAGCAUCAACAACAUUCAUCAACAACAACAACAACAAUUGGAUCAUCGUGCACGUCAACCAAAAUGUGCACGUUGCCGUAAUCAUGAUGUUGUAUCCAAAUUAAAAGGUCAUAAACGUUAUUGUCGUUAUAAGAAUUGUAAAUGCACCAAAUGUAAAUUGAUUGCCGAAAGACAACGUAUUAUGGCCGCACAGGUCGCCUUAAGAAGGCAACAACAAACACAGGAAGAACGAUUACGUUCACCGUCAUACAAUCCGGGUGAACUUGAAGAACAAACUGGAUUACAAUCAUGA